AUGCUCUUUGCAAUCGACGAGGCCUGGGUAACAGUGGAGAAGGUGUGGGAAGACAGAGGCUUGGUAGCUCAUCCUUCCUUCCAAAGCCUCAAGGGCUCCGCCAAACUACACAAACUUGAGAUCAACGCGAGGAUGAUGGGGCAGGCAGGCGUCGAGCAGGGGGAGGCGACGGGAGCACACAAGCCGUUGCCAGUUCGGAAUGACUUGGGGGGAAACAGGAACUUCGCUGAAGAGUUCGACCUCUUCAUGCGGCGUCACGGCAAGAGAAGGACAGGAAGGAAUCGAGAGGAACCCGGCCGACAGAAGCUGCAGCCCAUCACGAUGCGGACGAGAGAACGAGCGCUCGCUGCCACGUGGGCUCCCAUCUCCAAGGCUGAGUGCGGCAAGGCGUUUGACGGGAACAACUCCAAGAAGAUCCUGCUCGGAGUACAGCUGGCGCGGAAUGAGAUGGAAGCGGCGGCGCAGGCAAGGCUGGCGAAGAACAUGAGGGAGCUUCGGAUGUUCGUGGAGGAGUUUGAGAUGAAGGAACGAGGAGGAGAGAAGCCGCUCGUGCUGCCUGCGAUCAAACGAGACGGGAAGGGCAAUGCUCCAGAGCCAUGGAGCUCAAGGCAGAAGAAGCUGACCUUCGAUAUAGACCCUGUUAACAGAAACAUCGCAUCCCAAAUGGAAGACAACGUCAGGAAUAUCUUCCAGCAGCUAAGAGAUACAUGA